AUGGGUGGCAAUUCAUUUGACCCCGCAAGGGAUAUCCCGAGUCUCGAUGGCAAAGUCAUCUUGAUCACCGGUGGAAAUAUUGGUAUUGGCAAACAAAGUGCCCUCGACCUGUCCAAGCACAAUCCGGCUCAGCUGUGGAUCGCCGCACGCAACGCAAAGACUGGCAAUGAGACUGUCGACGAAAUCAAAGCCGCAACCCCUGGGGCGAAGGUUCGUUUCCUAGAGAUGGACUUGGCCUCAUUUGAAUCGAUCAAGAAAGCCGUCAAGACUUUCCAAGAAUCAUCCCCUCGGCUCGACAUUUUGAUGUGCAAUGCCGGCGUCAUGGGAGGUCCUCCCACUACCACCAAAGAAGGGUACGAAUUCCAUAUAGGUAUCAACCACGUUGGGCAUGCAUUGCUCUUCAAGCUUCUCGUACCUCAACUUCUCGAGGCCGACAGGAAUCCCAUUGGGGACGAACCGCGAGUCGUCUUCGUCAGCUCACUUGGACACAAGUACGGUCCAGCUGGUGGAAUUGUCUUCGAAAGCCUCAAAACCAAGGGCGGGGACCUGAGCGGAACGGCAAAGUACGGCCAAAGUAAAUUGGCGAAUCUUUUAUACCCUCAAGAAAUCGCAAAGAGAUAUCCGCAGAUCACAGCUGUCUCAAUUCACCCCGGAAAUGUCAAAACAGAUCUCUUCUCCACACCAGAGAGCAGCCUUGUGGUGAACUUCCUCCGCAGAGUCGUGAUUCCACUUUUCGGAGUCAGCGUGCAGGAGGGUGCAAAGAAUCAAUUGUGGGCAGCAACCGCGAGAAACGUGUCCAGUGGUCAGUAUUAUGAGCCGGUUGGGAUUGGUGGAAAGCAGGGUGCCGUGGCCAAAGACCCAGAGCUUGCCAGGAAACUUUGGGAAUGGACCGAGAAGGAGUUGGAGGGGCAAUAA